AUUUCAGUACCAAAAGCGGUAACCCCGAGCUACACUUGGGCUUACCAUGCGGCGUUGCUCAGGGAGUCCCUGCAGCACUUACCUUGUCCUUCGCUCCCGCGAUGCAUCCCCUGCAGCGUCCCCGGCCAUCUUCUCCGGCCGAUGCCGGCAUCCGGCUUCCGUGUUCUGGUCCCUGUGACGUUGGGACGUACGGGUGCCGGAACCGGCAGCGAAUUUGAAAUUUUUUAAAAAUGUCUUCUUUUUUUUUUUUUUAAAUGUGCUUUGUCCUGUGCCCUGCCUGCAUUUUGACUGUUCUUUCUG